GCGGGAGCGAGCGGCGUCCCUCGGGCACGGCGGGACAGGCCGGCCCGGCAGCCCGGGGUGCGGGGACGGCAGCGCAGCCUGGACCAGAGGAAACAAACGUGGGACGGAAAGAAACUGCCUCCAAAACUCGCUUCGUCCUCAUUAGCAAAGAGGGGAUGAACCUCGCCAGCCCCGCAGCCCCGCGCCGCGGACCCCACUCUGCGGGGAACGCCACAAGGGGACAUGGAAAGCACAAAGAACUUGAUGACAAGAGCAGUGAUGGUGCCCACGCUGCGACUGCUGCUGCUGGGGCCACCGCGAUGGGUGGCAGGAGCCGGACGCUGGGUGCGACGCCAGGAGCAGCUCCCGGGCCAGCUGGCCCUGGACUGGACCGGCACGAGCAGGCGGGAGCAGCUCCUGGAGCGGCUGGCACUGACCAGGAUGGACAUGAGCAGGCAGGAGCAGCUCCUGGAGCAGCUGGCACUGACCAGGAUGGACAUGAGCAGGCGGGAGCAUCUCCUGGAGCGGCUGGCACCGACCAGGAUGGACAUGAGCAGGCGGGAGCAUCUCCUGGAGCAGCUGGCACCGACCAGGAUGGACGUGAGCAGGCGGGAGCAGCUCCUGGAGCGGCUGGCACUGACCAGGAUGGGCAGGAGCAGACGGGAGCAGCUCCUGGAGCGGCUGGCACCAGCCAGGUUGGGCAGGAGCAGACGGGAGCAGCUCCUGGGGCAGCUGGCACUGGCCGGGAUGGGCAGGAGCAGGCGGGCAGCAGCCCAGGGAUGCACAGAGUCCUGUCCAUGGAUGCAACGCUCACCCCAAGAGACCCCCGAGCUCCUGGCCAAUUUGGACACCCUGUUGCAGUCCCUGACGAAAAACAAGAAGAAGCAAAAAGUAGAUGGAAAGAAGGAAACUUUAAUGUCUACCUCAGCGAUCUGAUCCCUGUGGAUCGAGCCAUCGCAGACACCAGGCCUGCUGGGUGCUCUGAGCAGCAGGUCCACAACGACCUCCCGACCACCAGCAUCAUCAUGUGCUUCGUGGAUGAGGUGUGGUCGGCCCUCCUGCGCUCCGUGCACAGCGUCCUCAGCCGGUCUCCUCCGCACCUGAUCGAGGAACUCAUUUUGGUGGAUGACUUCAGCACUAAGGAGUACCUGAAGGAGCAGCUGGACACGUACAUGUCGCGGUUCCCCAAGGUGAAGAUCCUGCGUCUCAAGGAGAGGCACGGUCUGAUCCGGGCCAGGCUGGCGGGAGCAGAGGUCGCCAAAGGCACUGUCCUGACGUUCCUGGACUCGCAUGUGGAGUGCAACGUGGGAUGGCUGGAGCCGCUGCUGGAGAGGGUCCGCCUGCGCCGGGCCAAGGUCGCCUGCCCCGUCAUCGAGGUCAUCAGUGACAAGGACAUGAGUUACAUGACCGUGGACAACUUCCAACGUGGGAUUUUUACUUGGCCAAUGAAUUUUGGAUGGAAGCAGAUUCCACAAGAGGUCAUUGAGAAAAAUAAAAUCAAGGAGACUGAUAUAAUAAGGUGCCCCGUCAUGGCAGGUGGCCUCUUCUCCAUCGAUAAGAAGUAUUUUUUUGAGUUGGGAAUGUACGACCCAGGGCUGGAUGUCUGGGGAGGGGAAAAUAUGGAGAUUUCAUUCAAGGUCUGGAUGUGCGGAGGAGAGAUCGAGAUAGUUCCGUGCUCCAGAGUUGGGCACAUUUUCAGGAAUGACAAUCCUUAUUCCUUCCCAAAAGACCGGGUGAGAACGGUGGAGAGGAACCUGGCCCGUGUGGCAGAGGUGUGGCUGGAUGAGUACAAGGAGCUCUUCUACGGCCACGCUUACCACCUGCUCCUAAAGAACGUGGACGUCGGCGACCUGACCCAGCAAAUCCAGCUGCGAAAGAAGCUCCAGUGCAAGAGCUUCCGGUGGUACCUGGAGAACGUCUACCCGGAUCUGGAAGCUCCCCUGGUUAAGGCCAGCGGGCUGCUCGUUAACGUGGCCCUGGCAGGGUGCAUCGCUGUGGAAGGCUCCACUCUGGCUUUUGAGGAGUGUGAUGUUAACAACACGAACCAGAAGUUCAACUACACCUGGCUGAGGCUGAUUCAGCACGGAGAGCUCUGCCUCGCCCCGUCUGCCAUCGUGGGAGCAGUGGGCCUGCGCCACUGCCAGGGCAGGAGCCGCAGCCUGGCCUGGCUCCACAGGUCACUGGCCACUGUCCAGCCGGGGCUGACCGACCACAUCAUCUCGGAGCACCAGCACCUCCCACAGCCGGCUUGCUUGGAAGUGGAUCCCUCGUACAAAGCCCUGAGGGUGAAAGCCUGUAACUCCACAAACCCUUAUCAGAAGUGGCAGUUUGGCACUUACCACGCGGACUGAGGGCAGCCCAGUUGCGCCAGGACCGCCGAGGUGUGACAGCAGCUACCGAACGGGAAGUGCAUUUCCAAAUGAUAGCUGGAAUCCGUGGUUUGAUACCAGCGCGUUGAGGGACCCGAAUACCGAGAGCAGCACAUCUCAUGUGACAGUGCCUGAACAGAUCAGCCUCAUUUUCCCUCACUGGAGAAGACUUUGAGGAAAACUCAUUUUCUGUAUUAUUAAAUGGAAAUAUUUUU